GUAACGCAGAGGUCAAACAAGAGGCCGUUGAGGCCAUUGCCUGUCCAUCUCUCUUUGGUUGGAUCCUCGAUCCUCAUCGGACGCUGACAGGCAUGGCUCUACCGCUUCUGCCUGGCAACAGCUUUAACCGCAAUAUGGGAAAGGAGAAGUUCCAUAAAUCCCAACACUGGGGCUUUUGUAACAAUGUCAGGAUGCUGGUGAGUGAUGAGAAGCCUGGAAUAGGUGGAGAGCUGCUACCUGGACAAAAGAUAAAGCCUAAAAACAGUGUAUUUCCCAAAGGAGAUGGAACCGAUGUACCAUCCUGGGUAGCUUUUGAUAAGCAGGUAUUAUCUUUUGAUGCCUAUUUGGAAGAUGAAGUGCCUGAUAAAAGGCAAGAAAACUAUAGAAUAAGAUACUAUAAAAUCUAUUUCUACCUUGAAGAUGACACCAUUCAAGUAAACGAACCAGAAGUGAUAAAUAGUGGACUGCCUCAAGGCACUUCUAUUAGGCGUCAUCGAAUUUCUCUCCCACCUCCUGAUGAUUAUCAGUUUUAUACUGUGUAUCACUUCAAUAUUAACGUAGAUGUUGUGUUCUAUGGGCGCACAUUCAAGAUUUAUGACUGCGAUAAAUUCACAAAAAACUUUUUGAAGAAAAUAGGAAUCAAACUGAAUCCUCCAGUACCACGUCCGGUAGAUCCCUACAUGAAGAUGCGGAGAGAGACAUUAGAGUUUGUGGAUCCCUUCCGUCCCUAUCAGUCCUUUGACACCCUGAAACGGUUCCUCCAGUAUGAUGGAAAGGUUUUGCGUUUCUUCUGCCUGUGGGAUGACUCACCCUCACUAUUUGGAGACCGUAGAGAAUUUGUUCUGCAUUACUUCUUGUCUGAUGAUACGAUUGAAAUCAGAGAAUUGUUGCCCCUUAAUUCAGGCCGGGAUGCUAUGUCAUCCUUCCUUCGAAGGAGUAAGCUGCCCAAGUAUGGCCCACCUGGAAUCUUUCAACCAGGGCAGAUAACAGACCGAGCAGUCCUCAAUGUGUAUGGGGGCUUGUCAGAAUGGCGAGCAGAUGGCUACCUCUUGGAUAAAUACCAGCUAGGAAAAGUAGAGCAAGAGUUUUACACAGACCGGGACCUGACUAUAGGUGCCACCAUCAAUGUGUGGGGAAGAAAAGUCCUCCUCUGUGACUGUGAUGAAUUUACCAAGUCCUAUUACAGGACAAAGUAUGGAAUUGAUGAUUUUACCGCCAUUUCAUGCAAGCCUCCUCCUCUUCCAAAAAUAGAAAGGAAAUACCCACCUUAUACUGGCUUUGGUUCUGAAGAGGAUUCUUUCCGCUCCUGCGUGGGCCUAAAGCCCACACCUCAUCGGAGAAACUUCAAAAAAUUCAUGGAACUAGACAGCUAUGGAAACAUAAGUAACAUACUCCGGUAUUUUGGAAAACUAAUCACACACGAAUGUGCUGAUGUGGACAGGAUGUUUGUUAUUGCAUUUUAUCUCAGUGAUGACACACUUUCAGUGUUUGAACCUAUAGAGAGGAAUUCAGGGAAUGCUGGUGGGAUGUUCUUGAAAAGAAGUCGUGUGAAAAAGCCUGGACAAGAAGUCUUUAAAAGUGAAUUUUCAGAAUACAUCAAGGCUGAGGAGCUCUACAUUGGAGCCACAGUGAAUGUGAAUGGCUACCUGUUUCUUCUACUUAAUGCUGAUGAGUACACCUUAAAGUACAUGGAGAAUAACACAGACAAGUUUCCGUAUAGCAACUUUGAACUUGCCAUACAAAAACUGAAACAAGAAAAAUCUAAAUUAAGAGAGAUCACACAGGUAUUUUCCGCUGCUGACAGUAAUCACACAAAGGUGGUACCUUAUAAUACAUUCAGAGAAAUACUGAUGAGUAUAACUGUGGGGAAGCUCAUAGACCAGGAGCUCAUAACCAUUGCCCGUCACUAUCGUGUGCCUGAAAUCACGGAUCCAGACUUAACUUACUUAAUUGCACAGGCCCAUGAAAAGUUCAAGAAAAAUAUGUUUGAGAAUUUUGACAUGUUCAUUUACAACUGUGUGUAUGAAGACAGAGAAAAAAAAGGGGUAUUACCCACCAAAGACAUCAAAAGGAUGUGCAAGUCCUCCAGGUUACCUUUGAAUGAUGACCUUCUAGAUAGCUUACUGUCCAGGUUUGAAGACAAAGAACAUCAGAUAAAUUACGAAUUAUUUUUCUCUCUGCUGAACUGGAGAAUGAAUCCAACACCUGAACUACAAUCCCCGCCAUACCUUAAAGAGAAAUGUGAAGACGUUUGGGUGGGAAUGCCAUCACCUAUCCCUGUGAAAUACGUUAGGUACUUAGACUUUUUGAAGGACGUGUAUGGCUUAGAGGAGAAAUGACCAUGAAAGUCUUGAUCAACACUUUUUGAUUUGCUGCUCUA